AUGGCCACAACUGUCGAGACGCCUAACACUACCCCCGCAGCCCCUGUCGUAGUCCCUAAAAAGGAAGCUACUUGCUCUAGGGGAAGCUGGUCUGUGUUUACAUGGGAGAACCCGAUGCCCUCAGGCAUGUUGUAUACAAUGUUGAACGUUGGUAUUCUGAUAUCAACUACUGAGGACCCCUCUGGCUGGGCCGUCGCCUUCCUCAUGUGGAUUGCGAUUCCUGCUGGACUACUAUUCAAGUUCAACGUGGUUCCUGUUCCUACCUGUUGUCCCUUGAAAGCUGUCGCGGGUCUCGACCCUGAAAAGUAG